AUGGCCACUUUGGCCUCGUCUCCCCCGACCUCACCGUCAUGGCCGAAACGACGCUCCAGGGCGUGGGCCCUUCGCUGUGAAAGAUAUUGCUGUGCGAUUGCGGGGUGUUUCCCGCUAGCUUUUGUUUAUGGCCUCACAACUUGGGCAGUUUGGGUGGAAGCUAGUCUGGGGUUGAAGGGAUCUGAGAAUACAUGGAUUGGUCUCCCCAGCUCUUGCCUAGGUAUAUUUCUAUGGAUCGCUCUCAACUCCUCGUAUACCGUUGCCGUAUUCACCGAUCCCGGAUCCCCGUUGACAACGCGCCGAGGUAACGACCGCCAUAAUUACAGUGCGUUGCCGGUCACCGAAUACCCCGAGUUCACCUCUUAUACAGUCAGUUCGACUGGUGGAUCUCGGUUCUGCAAGAAAUGCCAGUGCCCGAAGCCGGAUCGGGCACAUCACUGCUCAACAUGCAAGCGCUGUGUACUAAAAAUGGACCACCACUGUCCUUGGCUGGCAACAUGCGUCGGACUGCACAACUACAAAGCGUUCCUCCUCUUUCUAAUUUACACCUCAUUAUUCUGCUGGGUAUGCUUCGCCGUCGCCGGCACAUGGACCUGGCAAGAAGUCCUGAAUGAUUCAGUCUACAUGGACAACUUCCUCCCCGUCAACGUAGUCCUGCUCGCCAUACUCGGUGGAAUCAUCGGACUCGUCCUUAGUGGAUUUACUGCAUGGCAUAUCAGCCUGGCGGUUCGCGGGGUGACAACCAUUGAAUGCCUCGAGAAGACCCGUUAUGUCUCGCCACUGCGCAAAGCACUAGCUAGACGGCAUCCAGAUCACCAGCACUCCGGCGCAACGGGUGACCAAAACGGCGAUCUGGAAAGUCUCACCCACCGUUUACAAGGAUACGGGAAUCAAAUUCUCGAUGCACACGCCAAUGCCAUUCCAGGCGUGACUCGCGCAGAAGAAGGUGAAGAACGUCUUUCUCCUGCGCCGUACGGUCCAGGACAGGGACCAGGAUUCCAUAAUACAUCUACAUCCAACAACCUUACUCCAGCGCAACAAGCACUAUCCCGCUCGUACGCCGAGAUGGAACGUCAACGUGAACACGAUCGAUACCAAGACUAUCUCAACGAGGAGGACAGCGAGAAAACGCCCCACGCUUUCGAUCACGGCUGGCGACGCAAUCUCGCACACCUCUUUGGCGACCGUAUACUUCUCUGGCCGCUUCCGAUCUGCACAACAACCGGUGAUGGCUGGCGCUGGGAGCCGAGUCAGCGAUUUCUCGAAGAGAGAGAACGCCUACGUCUAAAGCGUGAACAAGAUACAUACAAUGAGCAGCAGUACCACCGGGAGCUGUAUCAACGGAAUAUGAAUAAUAGCCAUGCCUGGAUUGGUGGAGCUUCAGGCAAUACUGCCGGUACUGGUUCCUCACCGGCACAGCCGAACUGGAUUCCUAAUCGUGGAAGACAGGAAACGCCUGAACGUCCUCCAACUAGUGUCUCAAUGCAGACACUCGCACCUGCUUCUCCACGGCCUAGACCUGGUGAUAGUGACUAUGAGGAUGAGCCUGAGGGUGAGAGUCAUGGACUCUUAGAUCCGGAGGCAGCGAACCGUCCUCCGCGGGCACGGGAGACGGAUGAAUGGCGAGAUUGGGAGUGA